CCAGUUUUCUUCAUUAAUUCUAAAUGAAAGGUUUCGGGAACUCAACGAUUAUCAUUCCUAUUUCUCUUUGUUUUAUUUUCAUAUUCAUUUAUCAUUUAGAAGACGUGCUUGCGGCUCCUUCUAGGCAUUUGUGUCGUCCCGAACAAAGGGAUGCACUUCUCGCUUUCAAAAACGAGUUUCACUUUGGGAAGCUUCAUUAUUAUUGUGAGCUGCAACGCUUUGACUCUCAUCCAAAGACGAAGUCAUGGGGGAAUAACAGCGACUGUUGUAGUUGGAAGGGAAUCACGUGCAAUGCCCAGUCCAGAGAAGUGGUUGGGCUAGACCUUCGCUGCAGCGGCCUCCAUGGCCGGUUUCAUUCCAAUAGCAGUCUUCAAAACCUUCCUUUUCUAACCACUCUUGACCUUUCAUUUAAUGAUUUUUAUGGUCAAGUCCCAUCUUCUGUUGGAAAUUUUUCUCAUCUUAUAACUCUCCGCCUUCAGGGAAAUAAGUUCAGUGGUCGGAUUCCAUCUUCCAUUGGAAACCUUUUUCAUCUCACCUCUCUCUACCUUCCGAAUAAUCAUUUCACUGGUCGGAUUCCAACUUGGAUUGGAAACCUUUCUCAACUCACCGAACUCGGCCUUUGGAGAAACAAUCUCGUUGGUGAAAUCCCAUCAUCAAUUGGAAACCUUCCUCAACUCACCAUACUCGCCUUUUGGGGAAACAAUCUCGUUGGUGAAAUCCCAUCUUCAAUUGGAAACCUUUCUCAACUCACCGAUCUCAGCAUCUCGCGUAACGAUCUCGUUGGUGAAAUCCCAUCUUCUUUUGGCAAUCUCAGCAAGCUGACCUACUUUGAAGCAAGUCUAAAUGCUUUCACUGGAACUAUCCCUUUUCAUCUUUUUACCAUUCCUUCUUUGAUAAGUAUUAUUUUGAGUGAUAACCAACUCAACGGCACUCUUGAGUUUGGUAAUACAUCUUCACCAUCUAACCUAGAAUCANAGCUUCGAAACUCGAUGGGAGUAGAUCGAAUGCUCGAGUAG